AUGGCCGUAGCCGCCCUCUUUCACGCCAGGUUUCCCCUUAUCGCCCGUCGAACAUCCCCGUCUUCUGUUAGUUACUACUGUCCCCGGACUCUUGAAUUCAGCCACCGACUACAAUCGAUUAUCUGUUUUUCAUCGUCCGACGGCGACGAUAUCGUUGUUUCAGAGGGUCCCAAUUACGUGAAGUAUAGCGACGAAGAUUUGAUGAAGCAAUGCAAAUUCGAGACCUUUAGAGUUUCAGGUCCCGGAGGACAACACCGGAACAAGCGUGACUCCGCCGUUCGUCUUAAACACCUCCCCACCGGAAUCGUAGCUCAGGCCGUCGAGGACCGUUCCCAGCACAAGAACCGAGCUUCUGCUCUUAACCGCCUUCGCACGCUCCUCGCUAUCAAAGUGAGGAACAAGGUGGACAUUGAAGCCUAUUCUCCUCCUCCCGAGCUUCUUCAGAUUCUACCUCCCAAGUCCACCAUUAGAACUUCCUCUUCUGGUUCACAGAUUGGUCCCAACAAUCCUAAAUUUGUUCCUGGAAUGCAAGCUUUGCUUGAUGUUAUUUCUGCUUCUGACGGUUCCAUUGCCGAUUCUGCCAAGUUGCUCGGUUUGAGCACUGGCGCCUUGUCUCGUUUGAUACUCUCACAUGAUGGUCUUCGCAUGGCAGUCAAUAGCAUGAGGGCUGCCAAGGGAAUGAAGCCUCUCAAGUAGUUGGGAUGUAUAGAUAGACAUUUGAAGAAUGAUGAUGGGUGGGACCUUUGGCGUGUUGUAUUUGGGUAUUAAAUACUGCAGCACAUCUUCUACCAUUUUAUGCAACUUUUUUUGUAUACAAAACAAAAGUGAAAUGUUGAGUUCAGUCUAGCAUUUGUUCUUCUAUCAUGUAACGUCUUUUGAGAUGAUAUAAUAUAUACGCUGUUUUAGUGAC